UAGUCAACAUUAAUACUAUUUGUAUAGUAUUUCUUUUUAUUAUUAUUAAUCUUAAGAGCUGAGAUACUGUCAUACCUUAAAAAAUACUCUUGGUGUCAGUGUACACCCAAAAAUUCAAGGCAGGUCACUCUCCACCCUUUAACAUAUCCGAAGUCUCACUUGGCUUUUGUACUGCAGUUCACAUAGUACACAGUGAUAUGAUCGCUGUAUUUAAGGAUUCUGACUGCUUAAGGAUUUCAUCGUUUCUUUAAUUGUGACACGUAACAGUUUUUUUUUCUCGCUCUCUCUCUCUCGGCAAGAAUGGAAUACAGCAGAUUGUUUUUAUACGUCUGUGGCCUUGCUUUGUUGUUACUCGCCUGUCAUUCCGUUUGUGGAGAAAUUACCUAUUCUGUUCCAGAGGAAACCAAACCUGGACAUGUAAUCGGAAACAUCGCCAAGGACCUGGUGAUUGGUUUGGAUGCAUUGAAAGCACGCAAAGCUCGAAUCGACACGGAUGACAGCGGUGUAAAAUGUUGCGGUGUGAAUCUCAAUAAUGGAGACCUGGUUGUACAAGAAAGGAUCGACAGAGAAGGGCUUUGUGGCAAAAAACCGUUGUGUGUCCUGAAACAGGAACUCGUACUAGAAAAUCCGUUGGAGCUCCACCGUAUUGAUAUCCGCAUUCAGGAUAUUAAUGAUAAUUAUCCGCAGUUUAAAGAGGAUUCGCUGAAAUUUGAAAUCCGGGAGUCUGCGGUGAAGGGUGCGCGUUUUCUUGUGGGGGAAGCACACGAUGCAGACAUUGGUGAAAAUGCUGUGCAGGGUUACACACUGCAGCACAACGACCAUUUCAAACUAAAUGUAAACACUAAAGGAGGGGGGCGGAAAUAUUGUGAGUUAGUUUUGGACAAAGAACUGGAUAGGGAAGACAAAAAUGAGAUUACGCUGUUACUAAGUGCUUUUGACGGCGGCUCCCCACAGAGAUCAGGCACUGUCGUCAUACACGUCACUGUGCUGGAUGCUAAUGAUAAUGUCCCAGUGUUUGAUCAAACUGUAUACAAAGCCAGGAUACCAGAGAACUCUGCUUUAGACACGUUAGUUACCACCGUGAGCGCCGCGGAUGCAGAUGAAGGUUUAAAUGAAAUUCGGGAGUCAGCAGUGAGGGGAGCUCGUUUUGUGAUAGAAGAAGCUCACGAUGCGGAUGUAGGGCGGAACUCAGUUCAACAGUACAGUCUGAAGAAGAAUGAUAAUUUUGUUUUGGCUGUUGAUGGAAACACAAUAGAGCUCGUUCUUGACAAAGAGCUCGAUCGUGAAAAACAAGGAGAAAUGAAUUUAGUCCUCCUAGCUUUAGAUGGAGGCUCUCCUCAGAGAUCAGGUACCGUCGUCAUACACGUCACUGUGCUGGAUGCUAAUGAUAACGCCCCAGUGUUCAGCCAGGCCGUUUAUAAAGCCAGUCUGCCUGAAAACUCUCCUGUAGACACUGUAGUGGUCACUGUUAGUGCGACUGAUGCAGAUGAGGGAGUGAAUGGAGACGUGACCUAUGACUUUGGACACGUGACUGAAGAAGUAAAGAAAAUAUUUAGUAUUGACAGAAAAAACGGGAAGAUUAUAGUUAAUGGUGACCUUGACUUUGAGGCUGUUAACUCUUAUGACUUACGUGUUAAAGCAAAGGAUGGUUUAGGUUUAUCAUCGUACACAAGAGUGACAAUAAAUGUGACGGAUGUCAAUGACAACAUCCCUGUGAUCUACGUAAAGUCACUUGUCAGGGCGGUACCUGAGAACGCCUCACCUGGAGCUGAGGUGGGCAUCAUUAAUGUGCAGGAUGCGGAUUCUGAUAAUAACCAAAAGGUCCGCUGUUCCAUUCAGCAAAAUGUUCCUUUUAAAUUAGUUCCUUCUAUUAAAAACUAUUAUUCUCUGGUGACCACAGGUCAACUGGACCGUGAACUAGUGUCUGAUUACAACAUUACAAUCAGUGCUACUGACGAGGGCUCUCCUCCUCUGUCCUCCUCUAAAACUGUUCACUUAUCUGUAGCUGACAUCAACGACAACCCACCUGUGUUUGAGGAACAGUCCUACAGCGCAUAUGUGACUGAAAAUAACAAACCUGGCUCCACUUUAUGUUCAGUUACUGCUCGAGACCCUGACUGGAGACAGAACGGUACAGUGAUUUAUUCUCUGUUACCUGGUGAAGUGAACGGUGCCUCAGUCUCCUCCUACCUGUCAGUUAACGGAGACACAGGUGUGAUCCACGCUGUGAGGUCAUUUGACUAUGAACAGUUUAAGAACUUUAAAGUCAACGUCAUGGCCAGAGACAACGGUUCUCCUCCACUGAGCAGCAACGUGACUGUCAGUGUAUUUAUAUCAGAUGUGAAUGACAACUCUCCUCAGAUAUUGUAUCCCUCCUCAGAUAGAAACUCCUUCAUGACAGAGUUAGUUCCUAAAGCUGCACACGGAGGUUCUCUGGUGUCCAAAGUGAUAGCAGUGGACGCAGACUCUGGACAGAACGCCUGGCUGUCCUAUCAAAUAGUUUCAUCUACUGAUCCAGGACUUUUCACUAUUGGUGUCCACAGUGGAGAGAUCAGGACACAGAGGGACAUUUCUGAAUCUGACAGCAUGAAACAGAACCUUGUUGUUGCAGUGAAAGAUAACGGACAGCCCCCUCUCUCUGCCACCUGCUCCAUGUAUUUGAUUAUUUCUGAUAACUUGGCUGAAGUGACAGAACUCAAGGACAUUUCUCAUAAUGACAAUUCAAAGUUGACAUCUUACCUGAUUAUUGCACUGGUGUCUGUGUCCACCUUCUUCUUGACCUUCAUCAUCAUCGUCCUGGGUGUGAGGUUCUGUCGCAGAAACAAACCCAGACUGUUGUUUGAUGGAGCAGUCGCCAUCCCCAGCGCUUAUCUUCCUCCUAAUUACUCAGAUGUUGACGGCACAGGAACUUUACGCAGCACCUACAAUUAUGACGCCUACCUGACAACAGGUUCUAGAACCAGUGACUUUAAGUUUGUGACAUCAUACAACGACAACACACUGCCUGCUGACCAGACUCUGAAGAAAAGUCCGAGUGACUUUGCAGAGUUUUUUGGAGACUCCGAUACUUCCCCUGAGGUAGGAGCAGAUGACAAUCAACAUAUUAGCUAG